AUGUCUGGACGUCUUGGAACUGCCUCCACCAAGGAAAACCUUGAUCAUGUCCACUACAUGGUGAUGGAUGAUAGGCAAUUGACUAUAAGUGCAAUAUUUAAUGCCAUUAGCACCCUUGAGAGAUUUGAUAAUAUUCUACACAGUGAACUUGACAUAAUGGUUCCUGCUCAGUCAGUGACACAUCUUCUGACACUUGGUCAAAAGUGCACCAGGCUGAUCACAUCCCAGGAAAAUCUGAUGAUGUUUGAGGAACAGUGCAAAAUUUCCAUUAUGAGUGACAUACCUACCAAUAAGCCAUUGGGUAUCUUGAAGACUUCAAACAGGAAUGACAACUUUAAAAUCCCAUCCGUUGGUGUAUCUAAGCCAGAAAAAGAACAAAAUGAAAGUCGGCACUCUAACACUACACCACAUCCGAAAACUCCACGGCCUACAAAAGCUGUUAAUGAUGAAAAUAUAAACCCUAAUAGGCACUUUCCUGAAAGCACUAAAGAAAUGUCAAAUAUAAUUAAAGAAACACCAGGGAAGACUAUUUUUGAUCUCUGCAAGCAGAUGUCUGCAUUAGCACUGCUCACACCUGAUGGAAUGCAGCAAAGUAUUAGGGAUACCCAAGCACAGCCUAAAAAAGUAAAACUUCCUUUCUCUGAACCUUUUGCUGGUGUGGAUAAACUCACUGAAAAAAAUUACCUGAGCGACACUGAAGAAAUUGAACUUGACAAUGUACCCCGCAAGACAUUGGUCAUUACAGAUGAUGAUGAAUUUUUCACUGAUGCUGCAGAGUAUUUCAAAAAUGAAAAUCUAAACAUUGAUAAUACAAGUGAUAAUGAUGCUUUUAAAUCUCUAGAGUCAUCGCCAAGAACUUCACUGAAUGUUACUGAAACUCUUAUGAAGAACAAUAGCUCUGGUGAAAGAGAUUCAGAAAGUGCUAUUAUUGGGACAGAUAAGACACAGGAAACAUCUUUACAAGAUAAGAUUUCCGAUAAAAAUAUCCACGAGAGAUUGGAGUAUAUAGAACCUGAAAUUAAUUCUGAUUUAUUCAACAAGGCAAUCCAUAAUCAAAAUAUUGGCAAUCUUUCAGAAUCUCAUGAAAAUAAAAAUCCAUCUUCUCAAGUCGUUUGUAUAGAAUCAGAAACAGUGGCUGAACUUCAUGCUGAAGAUUUCACUAACUUACCUAAAGAUGCAGAGCUAACUAAUUCCACUGAUGUUGAAAAUGGGGAUUGCUUGAAGAUUAAAGAUGAAAAUUCUGACAGCAUACCAGUUGAUGAGAAACCAGUUCUACAUUCAUCAGUUAAUGUCAUCCAGUCUGUGGAAACGCCAAACGAUAGUUCUGAUUCUUUGACCAUGGAAAGUUAUAAUCUUCAACCUCCAGUUAAUGAAAAACAAAACAUUAGUAUUUUGGAUGUUUGCAAAGUUGAAGAAAAGAUUGCUGAAAUUUCAAUUCCAGAGAAAUUUGAUAAUUUUAAUGAUCAAGACAAAUCAAAAGAUAGAACCCCUGAUUCUGGUUCUGUUGAUCCUUCUGAAAUUAGCAAUCAGAAAUUUGAUAAUUUUAAUGAUCAAGACAAAUCAAAAGAUAGAACCCCUGAUUCUGGUUCUGUUGAUCCUUCUGAAAUUAGCAAUCAGGUAAAUGAGUCUGUUGCUACUGAAUCAGCAAAGACUGACAAAUAUAUGUCAGAUAGUAAAACUACUUUGAAAACAGUGCAGACUGAAGAAAAGAUUUCAGAAGCUAAAGAGACUGUUGAUUUUUUUGAAACUGAAAUUGCUAAUUGUCUAACUUCAAAAGAAAAAACUCUUGAAGAGAAAUCGUCUGAUAUUGUAGAAUAUAUUGAAUGUAGUUCUAAAAUUGAUGCUGCAAAUGUUGAUGCAGAGAAGACAGAAGAGAAUAAUUCAAAUCUGCUUGAGUCUCAGAAUGUUGACUGUAGCCAUGGAAGUCCUAAACCUCAAUCAACUAAAGAAGACAUUUGUGAAAAUGCUCACCUAUCGAAAGCAAUAGAUAAUGCUUCAGUUGCUGAAAAUGUAGAAAUCAACAAACCAGUUGCAGAUAUUGGAAGUCCAGUUGAUGAGAAACCAGUUCUACAUUCAUCAGUUAAUGUCAUCCAGUCUGUGGAAACGCCAAACAAUAGUUCUGAUCCUUUGACCAUGGAAAGUUAUAAUUUUCAACCUCCAGUUAAUAAACAGCAAGACACUGAUAUUUUGAAAGUUGAAGAAAAGAUUGCUGAAAUUUCAGUUCCUGAGAAAUUUAAUAAUUCUCAUGAUCACGACAAAUCAAAAGAUGGAACUCCUGAUUCUGGUUCUGUUGAUCCUUCUGAAAUUAGCAACCAGGUAAAUGAGUCUGUUGCUACCUGCUCAAAUGUAGAAAUCAAGAAACCAGUUGGAGAUGUUGGAAGACCUGAAGAUAUUGAAGAAGAGGUCAUGGAAUCUUCUGAAGUUAAAGAUGCUAUUGACCAUUCCAAGAUUAACUGUGAAAUUCCUAAUUCUAUUGCAGCAAGUGAUGAUGAUCUGCAAAAAUUUGAAACAAUUUCAAAUUCUUCUGUCUUUAAAGAUGUUGAAACCUUCAGUACUAACACUCAUCUACCAAAUUCUCCCAUAUCAAUUGAAGGGAGUCAAAGUAAUAUUGAUAUCUCAUUUGAGGGCAGAACUCAAAUGGCAAAUUCUCCAGUUGCAGCAGUAGCUGUUGAAAAUGAUAUUCAAAUAAACAUCACUCCUACUUCACCAAACAAACAACAGCAAGUAGGUAACGGGAAGCAUGCAGAUUCUCAAUCCAGACAGAAUAUUAAUGAAAAACCCAACAGAAAAGAGUUAAAUGAAAUUACUGAUCUUGUUACAGCUAUAGAUGACACCUGUAUAUGUAAGGAUGAUAUUUCUACAAUUCUAAAAGACGCAGAACCCAGUGAUAGUGCUGAUACUGCAAACUAUGAUGAGCAGGAACCAAAUGUUCAAUUCAGAGAAAAAACAACUGGAUUUAUCUGUGAUGAUGAUGACUGGGAGCUGUUAAAUUGUGAUAAAACUGUUAUGAAUGCUUCUCGGUUAUGUCGUGAAAGUCUCUAUGUAAAGUUUGAUCCACUACUUGGAUUAAAUAACACAAUUGAUUUUGACAUAAACAAAACUAAAAAUGUGAGUAAGCAACCUGCAUUAGAGAAAAUUAAGAGUCCACCAAAAUCACCUGAUCUUAUAAUGAUGGAUUCGCCAACACGUAAAUCCAUGUACCAAAAAGUCACUGCCAUGAGAAAAGUAAACAACAGCACAAACAACAAUCUUGAUGACAUUUUCUCAUUAUCACCUGCAAAUAACAAUCCAGAUGCAGUAUUUUUUGGUACACCUUUGCCACAGAAAAAGAACAGUGAAAUUGUUCAGGUAUUAAAAUACACAGAGGAAGAUUGGCUGAAAAUGAAACAGAAUAUUGAGUUGGAAUAUCAAAACCGUUUGAUGUCUGCUAGCAAGGAACUUACUCAUAAAAUGUCUGAAAUAACUGAGGAACACCAGAAGGCUUUGAAUGAAAAGGAUGUUGAAAUGGAACAAAUUAAAAAAGACCUGUUGCAACUGCAAACUGAGAAGAAAGCUGGUCAAGAAAAACUUACUGAAAUGAAGAAAGUCUUGGAUGAAUAUACCAUCUUGAUAGACCAUCUAGCUGCUGAAAAACAGAAAUGUGCAGAUAACUAUACAAAGGGUAUUGAUGGAAGUAAGAAGGAAGUUGAUCUUAUCCAAGAUGAAUUGCAGACAGUUCAAAAAGCUUACUCAGAUUUACACCGACGUUUUGAAAAAGCAAAGACAAUAAUAGAAAGCUUGAAAAAGAAUGAAGAAAUGUUAAAGAACCAUGUUAAGGAUAUGGUAGCAAAAAUAAAAGAAGGAAAAGUGGCACUUGUCACACUGAAGAAAGAAAGUCAAGAAACUCAAGCUAACCUUGAAAAGGAAGUAGCAGCUUUGAAGAAGAAAUUGACAAUUGAUACCUCAUGCCUUGAAGCUUCAAGUAAACGCAAAGAUAUGAAAAUUGCUGAACUACAAAAUGAGCUUGAAUUAAAGAAAAAUCAAAUAAAAGAACUCACGAAAAUAUGUGAUGAUUUGAUGGAGAAAGUAGGAGAUGGUCAUUGAUGAAAACUUUGUUUUUAUUUUCCAUAACUGGAUUUUUAUGUUUUAUAUAUUAUGUACAUUUUAUAUAAAAUGUUAUAAAAAAUUGUCAGUGUUACUGGCAAUUAUCAUCUUUACAUAUGAAUGUGUAUAUAUAUAUAUAUAUAUGUGAAAUGUGUAUGUGUGCAUGCUUGCAAUUAUGCCUGGACUAAUUUAUCAAAUAUUUCCCUUGUGUGCAAAGAUGAGGGGAGUCCUUUUCUAUUUUAAUGUAAAUGAAUAAAUAAACCUGAUCAAACUUAGUUGUUUUUUUAGCUUCAUGAGAUAAAUGUGAUAUGAUUGUGUAUGGUGACAGUUGUAAUUCUUCAAGCAUCAACCAUUUUAUUCUUUUAAAUUCAUGUUCAUAUGCAUUUCGUAAAAAUAAAAUGAUUCAUUUUUUA